CUGUAUAUGAUGAAGUAUGGCAACCCUUACUGGACAACCUACGUAUUAUACGAGAAUCAGACGCGUCCACUGUUUCCUGUUUGGUGGACUGGGACAUAUUUCAUGGCUUCCUAGACCGUCAUACGGCAAAGUCCUCCUCUUGACUUUCUAUUGUAAAGAUGUCUCAGUCCAGAUGGAGAGGAGCAAAACGCCUUUCCCCUCGUCAACGACGUCUCAAUGACUUCUUCUCGCGCUCUCAAAGCAGUCCAAAUCAAAUGAACCAAAGAAGUUCAUUGGCUAACAUUAGGACUGCGGCUGGCCGUCCAGUUGCUGCUGUGUCGCCGUUAGCAGGUCCAUCCAGGACAAAUCUUGAAGAUGAUGAUGAUGAUGAUGAUUUUCAGAACAUCAGCAUUCCAACAUAUUUUAAGGCAAAGUCUGUGGAAAAACAUACAGUGAAUAAGAAAGCCAAAGAAGAAAUUGAUGAGGAAGACGAGAAAACUGUGCAAGCAAUUCGUAAAUCAACAAGUCAAAUCAUUGUGUCAGAUGAUGAUGACGACCUUGAAGAAACAAUAGAAGACUCAUCACCCAUUAAAAAACAGAUUGAUGAAGAGUCAGAAAAUGGAUUUAUCAUUGAAGAUGAUGAUUUCUUUGACGAUGACUUCAGUGAAAGUGACAUGGGACCAGAUGUGGAGUCCUAUAAUUGUCAGCAGACCGCUGCCAGUACAAGUGCAGUCCCUAAUGCAACCCAAGAUGUGGUGGCUCCAUCUCAAGACUUCUUUCAGACCCUUAAUAGCCAGACUCAAUCUGAUUACAUAGACUGUGGACUCCCCUCCCCUCCAACAUUACUUCGCAGCACUCAAGCCAAGGUUGAAAAUGUUGCAUUGCCUACAUUCCCAGUCCCACAGAGCACAAAGCAACCAGCAGCUGCCUCCAUAAAGAUCUUUGGGUCUCCCUUAGAAGUUACAAGUGCGGACAAAAUUUUAAAACAUCCAAUUUUUAGGAUUUUGGAGUUUGAGGAUGAGGACUUCUCUAUUCUUGCUGGUCUCAAAACGUCCAUACUUAACAUCAUGGCGAAGCUCUUGAUGAGUUUGCCAAUGGAAACUUUGGAGAAGAUUCCUUCGUAUGACACUGCUGAACAUGAAAAGGCAAUCAUUGCAUACAAUAAAAUAAUGAAUUGUUUGAAAAACUAUAAAGAGUUGCAGAAAAAGAAUUUAUCAAUAAAUGAAACUGAACCUCAGGCCCGUGCAAACAUUAGUCCACUCUGCCUCAGCCCCAACGACAAACACUACAGAUUGUUGGACCAAAGGGAAAGUGGAAAAACCUUUGCUAGAGAUUUGAGCUAUAAGCCUGAUCCCCACAAGGUGAAAGAAGCAGGCAGUAAAGCAUCACCUGUGUUGAACACCAGCUCCUUUGAAUCUCAGAAAAAUGGCACAUGUAAAAAACUGUUUGAAUCGCCUAGUAUUUCAUCUCCAAGUAUUUUAAGUAAAGAGGUCAAUGCUCAAGCACAACAAUCCAACACAAAAAGCAUUCCUUGUGGCUCCAGAAAUAUACCAAAUGUAACAAAAUUUAGUGAAGUUUCAAAUAGUGCAGCAAAGUGUACAUUCCCUGAGCCCCAGCAGACUAAUGCUAGUGUGUCAUUUAAAACGCCACAGGCCCCUCCACACCGCAAGUUCUCAUUUGGAAAGCAUAGAGACUUUGAAUCGGAUUCCAACAAUUCUUCAUCUCCAGGCAGCGAAAGUGGACUGAAAGCCAUUAACACAAGUGGACUGAAAGCCAUGAACACAAGUGGACUGAAAGCCAUGAACACAAAGCCCAUGUUUAGUCCAAGUAUCACCUCUAGGGCUGUGAAUGCUGGUGCCUCGGUGUGUGGGGGCAACAGUGAUUGUGGGACACCUACCCUCAAGUCUUUGCCUAACAGCGUCGGACGGUUAGGAGUAACUCAGCCCAUUGGGGUCUCCGGAUUCUUAGUUCGUCCUCAGCCUAAGAACACUACUUUUGCGCCUGCCAGUACUACAAAAAUACUCAGUAGUGCAAAUGAUGAUGAAUUUCCUCCUGACGACAUAACGGAAGAUGAUCUGAUUGAAACCGGAAGGCCAGGAGUGCCAGAAAGAGGCAUCGGGGGACCCAAGGAGAAUCUAGUUAGUACUCCAAGGAGCAAUGAGGUGGCACCUAUGACAAAAGUUCCCUCCAAGCCUUCCAACAUGUGGACGAAUGAAGAUGAAGAGGAGGAUGACGAUUUUGAUGAAAAUGUGUUACUAGGCUGCAUGGCCAGAGAAACCUCACGCAAAGAAAGAGAUGUCAGUGUGAUAAAGAAGAAAGUUGUUCCAGGCAACUCCAUUCCAAAGGAGAAAGACUACACCAAUGUUGUGUACAAGAGCCCAACCACAGGCACCCAAGCCUCCCCCAUGAAGACCUCCAGUGGCGCUCAGUUUUGUGGAGAUGUGAGGAAUGACGGCAUCACGGGAGAGUUCAGCGGCAUGAACUACCCACACUGCAAGAAGAUGCUUAAGAUAUUCCAUCAGUGCUUUGGUUUGAGGAGGUUUCGAGAGAACCAGAAGGAAGUUGUUAAUGCAGCUCUGCUGGGAAAAGAUUGCUUUGUUCUCAUACCCACGGGUGGAGGAAAGAGCUUGUGUUACCAGCUUCCAGCGUGUGUGACUGAUGGCGUCACCAUUGUCAUAUCACCUCUCAAAUCCCUCAUACUGGACCAAGUGCAGAAAUUAAAUUCCUUGGACAUUGCUGCUAACCAUCUGAGUGGGAACAUUAGUCUUCAAGAAGAGAACCAGAUCUACAUGGAUCUUUCAAGGAGAGAGAUAGGCUUGAAGCUCCUGUAUGUGACACCAGAGAAGAUCAGUGCCAGCCAAAAGUUCUCUGACCACCUGGAUCGGCUGUAUAAUCUGCACAAGCUCUCAAGAUUUGUCAUAGAUGAGGCUCACUGUGUUUCAGACUGGGGCCAUGACUUCAGGCCAGACUACAAGAAGCUGAAUGUGCUGCGGCAGCGAUUCCCUGGGGUGCCCAUCAUGGCCCUGACAGCAACAGCCACGCCCAGGGUCAGGGUUGACAUUCUUCACCAGCUUGGACUUGAAGCAGAGACAAAGUGGUUCCUCAGCAGUUUUAACAGAAGCAACUUGAGAUAUCAUGUUGUUCCCAAGAAAGGAAAAAAGGUUACCACUGAGAUAGCAGCCCUCAUAAACACAAACUACAACAAUCAAUCAGGCAUCGUCUACUGUCUCUCUCGCAAGGAGUGUGACACUGUGGCUGCAGACCUCACCAAAUCUGGGAUAAAGGCCAAAAGUUAUCAUGCUGGUUUGGCAGACAAGCUGAGAGGCAACAUCCAGACUCAGUGGAUUAAUGACAAAAUAAAGGUCAUCUGUGCAACAAUAGCAUUUGGCAUGGGCAUUGACAAGCCAGAUGUACGUUUUGUUAUCCACUACUCACUUCCAAAAAGCAUAGAAGGCUUUUAUCAAGAAUCUGGGCGUGCUGGCAGGGAUGGGGAUAUUGCGGACUGUAUGUUAUUCUACAGUUACGGAGACAUGCAUAGAAUCCGCAAGAUGAUUGACAUGGAUCAAGAAAACUGGCAGGCAAAGCAGACCCAUUUUGAUAACCUGUGGCGAAUGGUGGCAUUUUGUGAAAACAGAACGGAUUGCCGCCGCUCUCAGAUACUCAACUACUUUGGGGAGAUAUUCAGCCGAGAAGACUGCCAGCGGAACAGAGAGACGGCCUGCGACAACUGCAGGAGUUCAUCAUCCUUCAUACAACGUAACAUGAGCCAGGAAGUACGCACCAUUCUGGAGGCAGUUAAGCGGCUGUGCACCGGUGGCAGCACAUGGACCAACAACUUCACACUUAACCAUUUUGUAGAUAUCUUCAAAGGCUCCAAAGUAAAGAAAGUGUUGACUAAUGGCCAUGACCGGCUUCCCCUUCAUGGUCUUGGGAAAGACUUUGGGAGGAAUGAUGCUGAGAGACUGUUCAGGCGCCUGGUCCUUGAGGGUUAUUUGCGUGAAGAUUUGGUUGUAAGCAGGGAUGACUUGACCUUCGUGUACAUACGACCUGGCCAGAAAUGUGACAAGUUCCUCAACAACCCUAAUGCUACCUUCCAGUUUGAUGUAAUGAGUUCAAGACCUGCCAAACAAACCCCAGCUGAUACAGACUCCCAAUCUGCUGAUGAUGAUGAACUGAAGAAUAUUGAGAGGGAGUGCUACAAAGCCUUGCUGGGUGUGGUGAAGGAGACGGCUGCUGUCUUGGGCAUCAACUAUGCAAACAUUAUAAACAUGGUUGCACUCAGGUCUAUGGCAAAAGAACUACCUGAAACAGAAGAAGAGAUGUUGAAAAUACCCCAUGUGACGAAGGCCAAUUUUGAGAAAUAUGGAGAAGCCCUCCUGGAAGUCACCCGAAGAUACUCGGCUGAAAAGCUAGUUUUGCUGAGUGAUCGAGCAGAAGCAGAGAUGAUGGAAGACAACAAUUCUGAACUGAAUGAAAGUGGCGGCAGCAGCUGGAUGGAUGCAAUUAGUGCCCCAAGUCCUGGAGCUUCGCCAUACUUUGCCACAGGAAGCAGACAAGGAGGAUUUAGACGUGGAACCAAGCGAAAAGGGAAUUUUGGCGGGAGAGGUCGAGGAAGAGGUAAGAAGCAGAAGGCAGCAGCCAGCAAGGCAUCAGGUAGGAGUCCAGCUAAAAAAUCAAGAUUUGCGGCAUCCCGAGCCAGGGCAGCAUCAACCGCGGGAACAGGAAGAGGAGCAGGAAGAGGGACCAGUUCCUCUACUCUACUACAAAGACCAAAACAGCAAACGAGACCAUUCCUUCAGCAGUCUCGUGUUGUACAUUUCUAGUGUUUAUUUUAUGCCUGAAAUACAGUAGAACCUUGUUUAUCUGGUACGAAUGGGGGGGGAAGCUCGUGACAGAUAAACCGUUUUGCCGUUGUUUUGAGACUUGCUCUUAUGGAAUUGCCAAAACUUUCUUUUUUUUUACGUCCAGGCCUAUAGCGCCAGUAGACUUUCUUGGCUGAACCUAGUGGUUAGCACAAGCCCGUCAUGGCGCCGGCAAGUGUUUAUAAUAGCACCAUCUAUUCUUGGCUGGUAGCAGUGGAUUGGAAACCACAUCAUCUAGGACGCAGGUGAAACGCAGGAGCGGUACACUAACCACCCAGCCACCACCUCCCCAAUAGAAUAGAACCUCUGUAUAAUUGCUAAUAAAGUAAAUACAUCCUAUCCUACUGAAUAACGGGCCCAGUGGUCAAAAUUUGUUAAGUUACCCCUUGAAUGGCUUUUGCACCACCAUUUUCACCUCACUGCAGUUGAGUACAGUUCGGAAAUGUAUGGCCGGGUACAGACAUGCGACCAGAACACCGUAUUGUAACAAGGCCGUGUUACACGACGAAGAUAUGCGCACCAAGGGGAAAUAUCAAGUCCGUAACCGAACCUCGUCGCUUCGCAGACUUUCAUGCGUCCCAUCUCGCUGAAUUGGAGUCAGUUCAUGUUUGGAGGUUGUACUGUCUCUCCUGUUUUCUUAGCUAUUUCAGUCCGCGUAGCCUGCACCACUAACGGGCUGAGGCCGCCCACCUGGCCUCUCAAGACAAGUAAGCCUACAGGCGCUACAGGCAGCACGUAAGAAUAAAUAAAUAAAAAAAAAGUGUUGGAGGGGGGGGGGGGGGAAUUUGCAAAUUCAGGCCCCAGAAAUUUGCUGUUUUGAGGGUGCCUUUUUGAAUGCCGGAUAAACGAGGUUCUAUUAUAUGUUGAAUUGUUUUACUGUAUAUGUUGUAAAGGGGCCAAAGCUUUGCCCAAACUGGAUUGUCCCAGUUUUAACCAUUUAUAUUUUAAUUAUGACACAAGUAUA